AUGGCUCCUCUUGAGGGAGAGAGGAGCUCACAGCCCCAUUCUGAGAGCCAAAAUGACCAAGAGAACCCCAAUGAAAGUGCAGGCGAAUCCUCACCAGGGCCAGUGUGGUACUAUCAUGCAGAGGACGACGAGGAAGAUGAAGAUGAAGAGGAAGAUCCUGAUUUCGAGGAUGAGCCCGAUGAAGAUGAUGACGAAGAUGCUUUCCAAGCGUAUCGCCUAGAUGCUGAUGGCGGUAUUCAAUUUGAAGUCCUUGUAGAAGACGGUGAUGAAGACGAAGAGGACGAGGUAAUUGAGGGAGAGGAUGGUGCGCAACGUCUUUUGGAUAUAGUGCGGACUGGUGCCAGAACUGGACUAUUAACAAGAAGACAACUCGUGGCCCUGAUGCAAAACCCGGACCUCACCAGUGUUUUAUUCCAGGACAACCCUGGCGACGACGAAGAGUUUCUGCACUGGCCUUAUAGGAGACGUCGAACACCCAAGGACCCGAACCGUUUCCCUCAAAUUCCCAGUGAACAGGGCAUGAAACUUAUGCGAUCAGGAGUGUUUGGUGCGAAUGACUACAACUUCAGAGCCAAGAAGCGUCUUGCCACGAGGAUGCUGGAGCGGGAGUUGGCGCUGGGAAACCGGGAGGACCGGUCACGGAAUAAUGCUCUCAUUAACCAGAGCUUACUACCACAAACGAGAGCGGAAAAGAUUGUUCAUUUCGACGACCCAGUAUACUCCGGCCAAUUCUCUGAUGAUGGCAACUUCUUUUUCGCCUGCUCACAAGACUUCAAAGUCCGAAUGUACGACACCUCUAGUCCAUAUGAUUGGAAGCACUACAAGACAGUCGCAUACCCCUGGGGACAGUGGACACUCACAGAUGCAUCUCUGAGCCCUGACAACAAAUGGCUUGCUUAUACUUCCAUUCAGACCAUGGUCUCGAUAGCCCCGACAGAUCCAAACGAUACCGGAGACCCUUAUACACUGGAUCUGGAUGAUGGUCCUCCUCGGCAAGGGUGGCACGGACGACGUGGCUUUGGUAUCUGGUCUGUUCGAUUCUCAGGCGAUGGACGAGAGCUAGUGGCUGGAACAAGUGCAGCUUCAAUCGUUGUAUAUGAUAUCGAGUCACGAACAGUCUUACACCAUGUCCGGGGUCACCAGGAUGAUGUCAAUGCUGUUUGUUUCGCAGACAAGAUGUCACCGCACAUUCUUUACUCAGGUUCCGACGAUACGACGAUCAAGGUUUGGGAUCGACGAAGCAUGGGUGAUAACCGAGAAGCUGGCGCUUUCGUCGGUCACAUUGAGGGUCUGACUUACAUCGACAGCAAGGGCGACGGUCGAUAUAUCCUCAGUAACGGCAAGGACCAGAGCAUGAAGCUUUGGGACCUUCGAAUGGCCAUGUCGACUGAUCGAUAUACCGAGCUCGACCCCACCCGGACUGUGAGCACCAGCGGUUUCGAUUACCGAGGUGGCGUUUAUGAUGACGAGGACUGGGACGUCCAUCCCCACGAUAACUCACUUGUUACUUUCCGAGGUCACAAGGUGCUUCGAACUCUUAUUCGUUGUCACUUUUCACCUCCGGCGUCAACCAAUUCAAGAUAUGUUUACUCGGGAAGCACUGAUGGUAAAGUGUACAUCUGGAAUAUGGAUGCAAGCUUGGCUGGAGUAGUGGAUGUCAAGAAAGCAACAAUGCGCACACGACAGAUGGAUAAUCGACAUCGCUUCUACCAUUUCGAUGACCCAGGCAACUGGGGCACUUGUGUUCGAGAUGCGAGCUGGCACCCUACUGCUCCUCUUCUCGUUGCUUCCGCUUGGAAUGGUUACAAUAUGGCACGUGGAACCUGUACUCUGCAUUCGUUUAAUGAGAAUAUCGAGGACGAGGGAGAGCCGCCACUGGGCCACAGCGUUAACGACGUGCUCAAGGAACAGCCUGAGGUAUAUCAUAAUUCGACAUAUGGGAUGGAGUAG